AAAUGGCGGCGUCAGAGAGAUCGAUUGAAAAAGAAGUCGACAUGGGUUCUUCGUUUCUUCAAAAAUUCAGGCUUUACGAGACCCGCUCGAGCUUCUAUAUGAUCGGAAGAGAUAAAAACCGAACGUCUUGGAGGGUCCUCAAGUUAGAUAGGACAGAGCCAACAGAGGUCAACAUUUACGAAGAUUCAACAGCUUAUACAGAAGCUGAGUGCUUUGAAACUUUGACAAGGAUACAUGAAGGAAACAGAUCAUCUGGUGGCUUGAAAUUUGUCACCACUUGCUACGGGAUCAUCGGAUUUAUAAGGUUCUUGGGACCCUAUUACAUGCUGAUAAUCACUAAAAGAAGGAAGCUUGGUGAACUUUGUGGGCACACCGUUUAUGGUGUUGCUAAGAGCAAGAUAAUCACGAUUCCACACACCUCUGUGCUAUCCAAUGUGGCUUAUUCUAAGGACGAGAAAAGGUACAAGAGGCUGCUCUGCACUGUUGAUCUCACAAAGGACUUCUUCUUCAGCUAUUCCUAUCACAUCAUGCAUACACUUCAGAGGAAUCUGUCUAACAAUGUGGAAGGACACACUUACUACGAAUCAAUGUUUGUCUGGAACGAAUACUUAACUCGAAGGAUUCGGAAUAACGUGAAGGACUGUAUGUGGACAGUUGCCUUGGUAUAUGGAUUUUUUAAACAGGUCAAGCUAUCAGUUUCUGAGAAGAAUUUUAGAUUGACUCUAAUUGCUCGCCGAUCUCGGCAUUAUGCUGGUACAAGAUAUCUGAAACGUGGUGUAAACGAGAAAGGCAGGGUAGCUAAUGAUGUCGAGACAGAGCAGAUUGUUUUCGAGGAAGCUCAAGACGGUAAUCCUGUCCGAAUAAGUUCUGUAGUUCAGAAUCGGGGUUCAAUUCCUUUGUUCUGGUCUCAGGAGACCUCACGCUUGAAUAUCAAACCUGAUAUAAUAUUGUCAGCGAAAGACCCCAACUUUGAGGCAACCAGACUGCAUUUUGAAAAUCUUGGAAGGAGAUAUGGGAAUCCAAUCAUCAUAUUGAACUUGAUAAAGACGCGUGAAAAGAGGCCUCGGGAGACUAUUCUGCGUGCAGAGUUUGCAAAUGCAAUUAGAUUUAUUAAUAAAGGGUUAAGCAAGGAGGAUCGUCUAAGGCCUCUUCACUGGGACUUGCAUAAACACUCCAGAAAAAAAGGCACAAACGUGUUGGCAAUUCUUGGCAGGUUGGCUACUUAUGCUCUGAACUUGACAGGCAUCUUCUACUGUCAGCUAACUCCAGAUCAAAGAGGAGAUGGGCUUCAGAACCAGAAUCCAUCCACCUUGGAGAACAACAAUGGUGAAUGUUCUACUUACGAUCUACCCAGUAAAGAUGAAACUGCACCAAAUUUGGUGGUGGAAAAUGGUAAUGAUAGUAUGGAAGAUCAGCAAAAGGAAGCUACCAUGCUGCAGAAAGGAGUCCUGAGGACCAAUUGCAUAGACUGUUUAGAUCGCACCAAUGUUGCUCAAUAUGCAUAUGGGUUGGUAGCAUUUGGGCGUCAACUCCAUGCUUUGGGAUUGACAGAGUCUACUACUAUUGAUCUAGAUAAUCCCCUUGCUGAAGAUUUGAUGGGAAUUUAUGAGACGAUGGGAGAUACGCUUGCUCUUCAGUAUGGAGGAUCCGCGGCACACAACAAGAUAUUUUGUGAAAGGCGUGGUCAAUGGAGAGCAGCUACUCAGUCACAGGAACUCUUCAGAACUUUACAACGUUACUACAGUAACGCCUAUAUGGAUGCCGAAAAGCAAGAUGCAAUUAACGUGUUCUUGGGAUAUUUUCAGCCUCAACCAGAUAAGCCAGCGCUAUGGGAAUUAGGUUCUGAUCAGCAUUACAAUGCAGCAAGAUUUCUUGCCAAUUCUGUACCGGAGAAUUCAAGGUCUACGAUGAAACGAUCUCUAUCUGAAAGUAGCAUCAUUAGCGAGAGCAGUCCAGGCGCGUUGGGACCAGUAGGUAGACAUGGUGUAGCUGAAAAAGAUGAAGAAGUAAAAGGUCUUUCAGAUUCAGCACCUGAGAUUUCAACGUCUGAAACUGCCAAGAUUGCUGCUAGUUUGAGUGCUCCACCACCGACAUUAGAGGAAUUAGGUUUAGACGAUAUUCUUGAAAACGAUUGUUUCUGUUGUGAUGGGAAUGGUGAGCAAUGUACAUGUGCAGCUUUUGAUUUGGAUUGGGUAUCUUCUUCAGGAAACUCUUGUGAAGAUGAGAGUUACGGAAGAUCCACAGUGGUUAGAUCCUUUGAAACCAUCCCUGAAAGUAGAAAAUUAGAGUCAGAAAUUUGUGUUGUUGAAGAAGCUGAUUCCGACAAUAGAAAGGUAAAUGAAGAAGCAAUUUCCGGGAUUCCUGAAGGUUAUGUGAAGUGGGUGAUGGAUGAAGACGGUCAUUUCUGCGAGACAAUCAACGAUAAUUUGUACGCUGUUCUGGGUUUGAAGAAGGAAUGUUCGUCGACGGAGCUCCGUACUGCUUAUAAGAAACUCGCUCUUAGAUGGCAUCCAGAUCGUUGUUCGUCAAUGGAGUUUGUAGAAGAUGCAAAGAAGAAGUUUCAGGCAAUUCAAGAGGCCUACUCUGUUCUGUCUGACUCCAACAAGAGGUUCCUGUAUGAUGUUGGAGCUUAUAAUACUGAUGAUGAUGACCAAAACGGAAUGGGAGAUUUCUUGAAUGAAAUGGCGACUAUGAUGAAUCAAUCCAAGCCUAAUGAGAAUAACACAGGGGACAGUUUUGAACAAUUACAAGAUCUGUUUAAUGAGAUGUUUCAAGGAGACGCUGCAGCAUUCUCAUCAUCAUCGUCUUGCUCCACUUCAACAUUCACUUCCUCUUGUAGUUUUGUAUUUGAUACAAAUGCUCAGCGGUCAUCACCGUUUGAGACAAGUUCGAUGGGGAUUAAUAAUGAUCCUUUUCGAUAUGACCCGAGAGCUCAUUCUUUCUCUUUAGGGGUGGACCAUCAGCAAGAGUUCAAGAAAGGGAAAAACACUGGGGGAAGAAGAAACAGGAGAAAGAACAAUGCUAGCCAUGAAACGUCGUCGUCAAACAACUAUGGAGUGCCCACUUCAUAGCCACUUCACACCUUAUUUUUUGCUAACUCAUGUCCACAUUUGUCGACUUGUCACAGACAAGAUGAGUGGUUGUUGUCUUCUCAACAAGGAUGCAUCGAAACUCAAAGGGUCGUCGUUUUGUAAACUACCCACCUCCUUCUCUCGAAGCUUCUUUUUUUUUUUUGUUUCUCUCUGCUUUGUCAUUGAAUUGUUGUCUCCUAAAGCAAGAAUCGUUAAAAGAUCGAUGAAAUCAAUUGCUUUAUGUUGA